GCAAAUGCCUGGCCACAGCCUUUUGAGUCACGCUAGCUCGCAGCAGUGAUGAAGCAACGAUACAGAUGAUCCACAACCUUCGCGGAGCGCUUCUAAACACGAUUUAUACAAUGAAAUCGGUAUUCCUUAUCGCUUCCCUUCUUCUGAUCAAUGCUUCUGUUUUGUCAGUAGCAGUUAACAAAUGUUUCAACUGCGUCGAAAGCAACUGGAAUAAGUGCGAAAAGAGUCAAACUAGAACACAGUGUACGACGUCUUUGUUGGGGAAUACUCACUGUUACUCUGCUAAUGGAAAAUAUGACAAUGGCACAGCAGUUAUGGAUGUGGUGGCGAGGGGCUGUAUCGACUGCUCAGACUCAAAAAAGGCUUGCGAGAAGUUAGAAAUGAUGAUGAAAUUUACCAGUUACAAGUUGCUGAGUUGUAAUAUUGUUUGCUGUUCAGAAGAAAAGUGUAACACGAUGAUGCCAGAACCUACAACUACCGCGGCGUUUGAAAGGGAAAGUCACUUGUCUCCUGUACCACUGUUUUCCGCAGCUUCCAUGAUGAUUGAGAACGUUUUUCCUUUUGUCAAACUUGCUUUCUUAAUACACAUUCUGAUCUAAUAACCGGGAAUUUCUUAUCCGCUGUGGAGAGUCAAACUUUUUCACAUUUGUAGCAAGAUGCUAAAGAUGGAAGUGUAUUCCCGAACACACUUGAGGACACGAGAUACGUAUAGUGUCUUGGCAAAAAUAUUUUAUGAAAUUUGUUUGCUAUUGCUGUUUGGCGGAGGCAAAACAAUAGCAACAAAAACAACAUCAGCAAUCUUUAUUUGUAAUAUUCUUGCCUAAAAAUUAGAGUUCUGACUGUGUGGGAUAACCAUAAAGGUUAACAGAGUCUGGUAGCCCAAAAAGUAUUCAGAUUUUGAAU